AUGAUCUCUCAGGAAUCAGAAAUUCUUAUUGUGGGCGCCGGUGUGUUCGGCCUGAGUACAUCCCUAUGGCUUGCCAGAAGUGGAUAUAAGAAUAUCACUGUUUUCGAUAGGUGCCAGUUUGACAAGAACAACUAUAACCCCUUGAACGGGUGUGAUGGUGCUUCUGCAGAUAUCAACAAGGUCUUCAGAACAUGUUAUGGAAAAGAGAAAGAGUACCAAGAGCUAGCGAUUCAAGCCCGUGAUAUAUGGCUGCAAUGGAAUAAGACCAUCCAAAACAGUUCCCUUUCUGAUCUCCCAACUGGUCUGGAGCCUGACGACAAGGUCAUUGAUCUCUGUGGUCAGUACUUCCUGGCACAUGGGUCGGAUCUGUCUGGCUUUCAUAAAGAUAGUUUGGACAUGAUGGAGGCGGAAGCACCAGAGUCGAGGGCCCAGCAAUUUAUAAAGGGAAAUGUAGAAGAUGAAGAACGUCUUGGUCAUAUCAGUCACAAAUGGGUCGAAAAGCUUCACGCCGUUGACAAGAUUGCUGGUGGCAACACGAAUGGCUUUCUUGAUAUUGGCGGAGGUAUAACGUUGGCUGACAAGGCUUGCACUUAUGCUAGAUUCUUAUGCCUCAAAGCAGGUGUGAAAUUCACACUCGGUGAGCCGCAAGGAAAGAUAAAGAGUCUUAUCGUAAACGACAGUGGUGUCAAGAAACAAGUGAUAGGCAUUAAGACUUUUGAUGAUAAAGAGCAUCUUGGUGAUCUGGUCAUUGUUGCUGGCGGUGCUUGGUCCCCGUCAAUCAUCCCGGAAGCAUCAUCUGCAGUUGAGGCGACAGCAGGAACUGUUAUGUUCAUCGACGUUCCAAAACAGAGGAAGGAUUUAUGGGACAAAUUUCACCCCGACAAUUUUCCAGUCUGGUCAUAUCGGAGGGGAGAAGGCGACGACUACUAUCAGGGAGGCUGCUUUCCCAUUACGAAAGAAGGGCGACUGAAGUUUGGAUUCCGUGGUCGGAAGUUCACUAAUUUUCGUGAACAUCCCACUCAGACAGAUCUUCGGCUAUCGACACCUCGUACGAAAUAUAGCACCGAGCCGAUCAACACGGUGCCCCUUUAUGGGCUUCAACUUAUGAAGGAGGUAAUUAGUGAAGCUUUCCCCGAGUUAGCUGAGAUCGGCUUCACUGAUAGUCGGCUAUGCUGGUACACCGACAGCAUCGACAACAACUUCGUCAUCGACUAUGUGCCAGGGUACUGUGAUUCAUUAUUUAUCUGCACUGGAGGCUCUGGGCAUGGUUUCAAAUUUCUACCCAUUUUGGGUAGACACGUCAAGAAUCAGCUCGAGCGAGUCCCCGACCAAUUCACUACCUUAUGGAAGUGGCGCGUGACGAGAGAGGGUGAAAUUUGCAAUGGACUAGAACAAGGAGAGACUGGACCUCGGGAGCUGUCUAGAGUCAAAAUGGCAGCAGAUCGUGACUUUUACUUCGAGACGACUAAGCAUACAGGCAUCCAAAGCCAUUUGUAG